AUGGUCUACUCCAAGAACCUCCUCACCAUCUCUCUCAUGGCUGCCGCCGCGGCGCGCGCCACCCCAACCUUCGGCUUGGGCCUUUCCGGCUCCGGCUUCGGCUCCGGCUCAGGAUCCGGCUCUGGCUCCCUGUCCACCACCGCCGAUUUGGGCGGCGCUGCGGGCGCGGCGGGCGCGGCGGGCGAGGCGGCGGGGAACUUGAUCGGUAGUGUUGUUGGCGGGCUCGCUGGCGGGCUGGGCGGACAUGGUGCGGGUGAGGGAUCGGCUGGUGUGGGUGGUGAUGCCUCGAUUGGUGGAGGUGCGGCUGCGGGCGGUGAUGCCUCGCUCAGUGGUGAUGCCUCGCUCGGUGGUGAUGCUUCGCUUGGUGGCGACGCGUCUGCAGGUGGCGAUGCCUCGGGAUCGGGCUCAGCCGGUGUGGGCAGUGAUGCCGGACUGGGUGGAGGCGCGUCGACCGGCGUCGGUGGCCAAGGCGAAGGUGAGGGCGAAGGUGAAGGUGAAGGCGAGGCGAGCGGAUCUGCUUCUGGCUCGGCUGGCGCUGGCGUUGGCGGGGGGUUGAGCGGGAGCGGAUUGGGGUCUGGCUCGGCUGGACUGGGAGGCGAUGCCUCGGCGGGCGGUGAUGCGUCUGCUGGCGGUGAUGCGUCUGCUGGCGGUGAUGCGUCUGCUGGUGGUGAUGCAUCUGCUGGCGGUGAUGCAUCUGCGGGUGGAGACGCGUCGGGAUCGGGAUCAGCUGGUCUUGGAGGUGAUGUUGGUUUGGGCGGAGGUGCGUCGGCGGGUGGAGACGCCUCGCUGGGUGGUGAUGCAUCGGCCGGCGCUGGUGGCCAAGGCGAAGGCGAAGGCAAAGGCGAAGGCGAAGGCGAGGCAAGCGGAUCAACCUCUGGUGGAGCUGGCACGGGAGUUGGCGGUGGCAUUUCUGGUGGGCUGUCCGGUGGCGCCGGAGCUAAUGGAACGAUUUCUGGAGGAGUGGGAGCCGGAGUCGGAGCCGGACUCGGAGGCGGAGCCGGUCUUGGUGGUUCCGUUUCCGGUGGAGCAGAAGGGUCAGCCUCAGGUGAAGGCAGCGCGAGUGGAGAGACUAGUGGUGAAGGUGAAGCCGGUCUUGGAGGUGAUGGAUCGGCUUCCGGCGAAGGCAGCGCAGGCGGCGAGAGCGGAAACUCAGGUGAAACCGGAGGGUCUGGCUCUGGUGAAGGCAGCGUGAGUGGCGAAGCCGGCGGUGAGGGUGAGGGUAGCCUUGGUGGCUCUGUUUCUGGAGGAGUAGGGGGUUCUGCCUCAGGCGAAGGCAACGCAAGCGGUGAAGCCGGUAGCUCGGGUGGUGUGAACGGCGGAAGUGGAGCUGAAGGCUCGGCUGGCAGUGGUAUCUCGGGCGGUGGAUCGAUCUCUGGCGGUGCCGGUGGUUACGGUAGCACUUCUGGUGAAGGAAGUGUGGGUGGAAGCUCUGGCAGCGAUGGCUCUGGUGAAGGUUCUGGUUCUGGCGACGAUUCGGAUUCGGGCGAGAACUGUGGCUGUGCCACUCCGGUCAUCUACACCAGCACCUUUGUCGUAACGCCUACUCCUGCCGCGACGGCGGGCGUCGAGGGAUCUACCGGCUCGAGUCCGAACUACGGCUACGCAGCCUACGCUCGCGCUGUCACUUACGGCGUGGUUGGCACUCCCGCCUCUACCCCCACCCCUACCCCCACUCCCGCCCAAUAUGAGGGCGCCGCAAGCAAGACUACCGUUUCCAGUCUGCUUGUCGCUGGCCUGGGCCUGCUCUUCACUCUCUUCUAA